UUCACUCCACUGUCUGCCAUUUAGCCCAUGCAACACCUACUGCAAGUAACUUCUCCCUUCCUCUUCCAAUCAUUUUAUCCUUUUACCUUCCAAACCCUAACCCAUCGUCCCCACAAUUCACCCUUUCUCGAAUUCAACCAACACAUAAUAUAACUCAUCCAAAUCCUCUGUUUCUCCGUACGCUCAUAUACACACAUCACAUAUACACGUAUACAUAUACCGACACACACAUAUAUGCAGAGAAGGAUUGAUUUCUUUACUGGAGAUGUGAUUUUCUUGAAGGAGUAGUGAUGGCACGAGAUGGAUUCAUUGUGGCGGCAGAGAUUCAAUCGUCUCUGAUGAAGAAGACGGCUGUUUCUAGGAGUUGGAUGUUGCUAGACCAAAGUGGGCAUGGUACGAUUCUUGAUUUGGACAAGUAUGCCAUAAUGCGACGUGUGUCGAUUAAUGCCAGAGAUCUUCGAAUUCUUGAUCCUCUCCUCUCUUAUCCUUCUACAAUUCUUGCCCGAGAAAGAGCAAUCGUUCUCAAUUUGGAGCACAUCAAAGCAAUUAUUACAACUGAAGAGGUAUUGCUUAGAGACCCAAUGGAUGAUGAUGUUAUCCCUAUUGUCGAAGAACUUCAAAGAAGAUUGCCGCCCCUAAAUGCAAUUUGCCAAGGUCAGGGAGAGGAUGAAGAGCAGCCAGGGGUGCAGAAUGAUGCUGAAAGUGAACCAAAUGAUUUCCCAUUUGAAUUUCGGGCUCUAGAGGUAGCAUUGGAGGCCAUUUGUAGUUUUCUUGAUGCGCGUACAAGAGAACUGGAGACUGCUGCUUACCCGGCUUUAGAUGAAUUGACCUCUAAGAUUAGCAGCCGUAAUUUGGACCGGGUGCGUAAAUUGAAGAGUGCAAUGACAAGGUUGACUAAUCGGGUUCAAAAAGUAAAGGAUGAACUCGAGCAACUUCUGGAUGAUGAUGACGACAUGGCAGACCUUUAUUUAUCAAGGAAAUUGUUUGGGGUUUCACCUGUCAGCAGUUCUGGUGUUCCCAAUUGGUUCCCUAUCUCACCUACUAUGGGCUCAAAGGUAUCCAGAGCAAGUAGGGCAAGUGCGGCAACAAUUCAUGGGGAAAAUGACGUUGACGAACUUGAAAUGUUGCUUGAGGCUUAUUUUAUGCAAAUAGGAGGCACUUUGAACAAAUUGACCACGUUGCGGGAAUACAUUGAUGAUACAGAGGAUUACAUUAAUAUUCAGGUACUUGGACAUGAUAAUUUAUGUUUGAUGAUCUCGCUUCCCUUGUUGCAGCUGGACAAUCAUCGAAAUCAGCUGAUUCAGCUGGAGCUAUUCCUAAGUUCUGGCACAGUUUGCUUAUCUGUAUAUUCUUUGGUGGCUGCAAUAUUUGGCAUGAAUAUCCCGUAUACAUGGAAGGAAGGCCAUGGGUAUCUAUUUAAAUGGGUGGUCAUCCUCGCGGGAAUGGUUUGUGGAUCCAUUUUCUUGUCAAUAAUUUCAUAUGCUCGGCAUAAGGGGCUUGUUGGAUCUUGAUGCUAGCUUAUUUAAUCCAUUUGGAGAGAAACACAAUGAUGAUGAUUGCAUGAAGCAAGCAGUAAUUAUUUGUUAAAGGUAUUUAAGGUUUCAUGGCUUCAGGCGAUUAUAUAUUAAUUACAACUUAGAUUUAUUUAAUUCAGGUGUUAGUAUCUGAUUUUCUAAUAAUAUAUAUAUAUAUAUAUAUAUAUAUAUAUAUAUAUAUAUGCUUGUAUAAGAUUGUUAUAACGUCAAAUAAUAUAUGUAAUUUAGUAGAGUAGUUGUUAAAAGGGAAAGGUCCUCCUCCCUCCCUCAAUGCUAGUUUUUGGCAAUAUUUCCUUGAAUAAAUAAAUUACGUAGACUUUUAGUA